CAGAGAAACAAAACCAGAAACUUUACUCUGACUGCUGCUUUAACCAGUGUUAUUCAAGGGUCAGAUGUUCUCUGUUUCUUGAGCGACAAAAGCAUUUGUCAUCCUGCUGAUUCACCACACAGAUCCAGAGACACUUUCACAGGUUUUUGACAGAUCACAUUUGCAGAGAUGUUACAGGACAAAGUUUGGAUCGCAGGCUGCAUUGUGCUUCUGCUGAUCACAAUGUUUGGUCAAUCGGCUCAAUGCAUAAAUCAAUUCAAAGGAUCUACUGAGCCUAGAGAUCUCAGACUUAUUCUGGUUGGAAAAACUGGAUCAGGAAAGAGUGCUUCAGGAAACACCAUCCUGGGGCGAAAAGCCUUUAACACAGACAUUUCACCUGAAUCUGUGACCGGGACCUGUCAGAGAGAGGAGGUUGAAGAAGAUGGCAGGGUCAUUUCAGUCAUCGACAGCCCAGGGCUCUUCGACACUAACAAAACAGAAGAGCAUGUGAAGAAGGCGAUCGAGGAGUGUGUUGACCUGUCGCUUCCUGGACCGCAUGCUUUUCUACUAGUGAUUAGUCUGAAGGCCAGAUUCACUCAAGAGGAGAAGGCAGCUGUGGACUGGAUCCAGAAGAAUUUUGGUGCAGAUGCAGAUAUGUAUAUCAUACUCCUCUUCACACACGCUGACCUUCUGGGGGGAAAAUCUGUGGAAAACUUUAUCAGUGAGAGUGAAGACCUCCGCAGACUGAAAAACAAGUGUGGAGGAAGAUACCAUUCACUCAUCAACAACAGCAAGAGGCAGAACAGACUCCAGGUUGAAGAACUUCUAGAGAAGAUAGAGGAGAUGGUGGAGGAGAAUGGAGGAAACCCCUACACCAGUGAGAUGUAUGAGACAGCACAAAAGAAACUUGAGGAGAGCAUAAAAAAGAGAAUGGAAGAGGAAAUGCGGAUGAAGAAGGAGGAGGAAAGAAGAAUCAGAGAACAGGAGAGAAAGAAAGAGGAAAUACGGAGGAAGAUGGAAAGGAUUGAAGAACAGGAGAGAAAGGCUAACUGGUGUAAAGCUGCAGCUGUUGGUUCUAUCGGGCUUUUUGGUGCAGGGGCAUAUUUUGCUUCAUAUAGUUUAAUGACACUCGGUGCUGCACUCGGCAUCACUGAAGGAUAUGAUUGCCUGUUGACAUAGCUGAAAUCAUCAUGGUAACAUUGAACAUAAGGAUACGGCUAAGACUAAGAUAUGUCAGUACAAGAACCUUUAAAAGAAAAACUUGUUAAAACUAUUGACACAAAAUGUUGCAACUUUACUGCAGUCAAACAAAAAGGAAUGAUGCGCAUUGUUUACUUUUUCUAAAGUUGUAUUCUUGCCUUUUUUUUUCCUUUUUUUUUUUUUUUUGGUUGUUUUUUUGUGUCGAGCCAGUCAGGACACGUAUGACUCUGGUGUAAAUAUUCAGAGCAAUGACAGUUUUCCGAUUCAGUUUGGCUGACCAGUUUGGUCAUUCCCCUGUCAUUAUUAUUUAGCAGUUUUCCUGUAUUUUCCAGCUUUGCAAUGUCUAAAAAAAUCAGGCAUCCAUGUGUGUUUUUCAAAAGUUCUAAUAAACAAAAUGUUGACAUAAA